AUGCAGUUCACCACCAUCAUCAUCUCUCUCGCCAUGGCCUUCGCCACCUCCGUCGAGGCCAAGAAGGGUCUCCACGGCAAAGGCUUCACCGGUGACGGUGUCCUCGGCGCCGGUGCCCAGCUCGUCGGUGGCAUCAUUGGCGGCGCCAUCGGCCGCCGCGGCAUUCACGAGCGCCGCCAGACCGACCCUCUCGACUCUAUCCCUCAGUACAACUACGACAUGUGCCGCGAAUCUCUCAACGGUGCUACUCUCUCCUUUACUCCUGCCGGACCUGGCGGUUUCCAGGUUGCUGGUGUUCCUUCCACUUGCAUGGUCCUCGCCACUGCUUUGACUGGCAGCUUCAACGCCGGCUUCCCUAUCCCUCUUGGUGCCGACUCCCUCAAGUUCAGCGGUCUUACCGAUGGGGAGAUGAGAGAGCUUCAAUCUUACUUCCACUAA